AUGCUCACAAUGGAAAUGAAGGUUUUAUAUUCCUGGAUAAUUUAUUCAUGUUUAAUUUUUGGAUCCAGUAUUUUGUGUAAUAGAAAACUCGAUGAACGACCAACUGUAAUAUAUAUCUCGGAACACUCUGAUAAUGAGUUUCAUUGUUCAAAUGGACAAUAUAUAGAAAGGUCAUCGGUUUGCGAUGAUUAUGAGGAUUGUUUAGAUGGUUCAGACGAGCGCAAAAAGUUUUGUGCACGAUACAAUCUACAUAUUUCACGAUAUCAUCAAACUGUCAAACAAAAUCGACAAUCUCAACAACCUCGACAGUUUUCGACAAGUCAAAUAGAAAUUAUUCAAAGACCACCAUCUAUAUCAUCUUCCUCGGGAGACAUUGAUGAUAUGUUUUAUUGUUCAAAUGGACUGCGUAUAGAUUGGUCAUUGGCUUGUGAUGGUAAUAUGGAUUGUUUAGAUGGUUCAGACGAGAGCAAAGACUUGUGCUCACGAUACGAGUAUGGAACAAAUAUAAGCAUGGGUACAAAACAAUAG